AUGGUCUCCCAACCACCAAAGCACAAGUCAUCAAACCCUGAGGCCUGGAUGACCUGGGUCGCAUCGCUUUCGGAUGCGCAAAAAGAGGAGGUCAAUAGGGAGCAUCAGAACGCUAACAGCACUAAAGUACAGAUCUGGGAAGCGGCUGCCUCAAGGCCUGGCACCGGAGAGUCAGACCAGGUGCUCUCGGCCCUCUUGAGGACCUUGUCAUUAGUGUCGCUGAUCUUGGUCCAAGACAAUGGCGGCAGUGGCGGUGAGGAGGACGGACACCCCAGAACACCACUUCCAAACAAGAUCUCAUUGGAUAACCUGGAUACCUCCAACUUGUCCCCUGGCUCAGCAGCUGUUUAUCGUGCUUAUCAGGAGUUCAAGUGGCACCUUUUCCAGGAAAAGGGCGAUGAACAGACAUCAGAGCUCCUGGCUACCAAGCAGCCGAGAGUCCUUAAGUCAACAGAUGAUGAGGUGGAGGUCCAGCCGGGCGAGUCCAUUCAGCUUGGAAUGUUUCACAAGGAACUGUUCACCCUUUUUGACAAUAACCAGUAUAUCCCGAUCACCCUCUUUACUCCCAAGGAGCACAAGUUGCUUUUACAGAAAGGUGAUUGGCUCCCCAAAAUGAAGCUUGACUCGAAACAUCAGCAAAACAGCAUGACCGUCUAA